ACAAAUUUCCAGAACAAGAAAUUUGAAAGAGUUUUCACAAAAAUGGAGGAGUACUAUGCUCUUCCGGAAGAUGAAAACAGGACGAUUACUGUUGAAUGGAAUUGGAUAAGAUGGGAGCAAGAUAUUGAUUACUUCUGGACAUUUGCUUUUUCUAUGAUUGUUGUCACCGCUGUCUUGGGCAAUGCUACUGUCAUAUGGAUCGUUAUAGGACAUAAGCGUAUGUGGAGUGUUACGAACUACUACCUCCUAAACCUGACAAUGGCUGAUAUUAUGAUGGCGACCCUCAACUGCAUCUUCUCCUUCAUCUUCAUGAGGGACAGUAAAUGGGAGUUUGGUCUGGGAUACUGUGUGUUUAAUCACUUUACUUCCUUGGUUGCAGUCUCAGCUAGCGUCUUCUCUCUCCUAGCCAUCACACUAGACAGAAGGAAGGCAAUAAUGAGCCCUCUGAAGCCUAAACCAACGAAAGCCUGGGUUUGUGGCGCUAUCCUGGCUAUCUGGGUAUUCUGUAUUCUUCUGGCACUUCCCUCUACACUUCACACCUCUCUACAUACUGUCAAUACUACAGGGGUAGAAAAUUUUGAGGUGUGUAUUACAAUCUGGCCUGAUGGUCUUCAAGGAUACUCCACUUAUGAUUUCUACUACAAUGUAAUCUACAUGGUGUUAACCUNGGGGGUGGUGAAAAUGUUUGGAGUUGUGAUCACUAUAUUCGGAGUUUGCUGGCUCCCUUACCAUCUCUACUUUCUCUACUCAUUCUAUCAUCCAGAGGUGUUCAAAUCUGCGUACACCAAGCACGUGUACCUAGGGUUCUACUGGCUGGCGAUGUCCAACUGCUGCGUCAACCCUAUCGUCUACUACUGGAUGAACAAAAGGUUCCGAGACUACUUCAACUACGCGCUGACCUGCGCCCCCCGCCGGAUCAAGAUGAACCUGCGAAAGCUGACUUUUCGCUACAGCCGGCGAGGGUCUUUCUCAGAGCAUCAGAGUGAACUCAUCAUCAUGAGGAGGUUACAGUGCAAUGCAGUGGGUGGUGCCCCCAAACAGAACAAUGAAGACUCUAAUCAAUCUGGAGCAAGAGGCCGAGCAGUGCCACCACGUCGAGCAGAUGAGAGCAGUGGAAGUUUCAUGUAAACUCAGAACCAUGAUUUUAGAACAAAGAUCUCAGAACCAAGUUCCUAGAACCAAGAUCGUCAGAUCCAAGAUCUCAGAACCUAGAUUUUAGAACCCGGAUCUCGGAACAGAGAUCUUAGAACUAAGAUCUCAGAACCCAGAUCUCAGAACCAAGGUUUCAGAACCCAGAUCUCAGAACAAGGUCUCAGAACCCAGAUCUCAGAACUAAGAUCUCAGAACCAAGGUCUCAGAAGCGAUAGCCAAGAACCCAGAUCUCAGAACCUAGGUCUCAGAACCAAUGUCACAGAGCCAAGAUCUCAAAACCCAGAUCUCAGAACCUAGAUCUCAAACCAAGGCCUCAGAACCAAGAUCACAAAACCAAGAUCGCAAACCCAAGAUCGCAAAACCAAGAUCUCAAAACUAAGAUCGCAGAGCCAAGAUUGCUGAGCCAAGGUUGUAGAACCAGGAUCGUAGACUCAAGAUUUUGAAAUCAAAAUUUUAUUACCAAAAUUGCAGAACCAAGGUCCAAGACUGUAGAGUCAAGAUUGAAAUUCAAUUCAAUGUUUCGAAGAUACAAAACCAAAACCCAGCCAACCUUUCAAAAUAAACCAAAACAAAAACGUAUAAUUUUUUAAUAAUAAAAUAUGAUCAUGAAGAUUAUAAAACAACAGUUUAAGAUUUGAACGUUUCAAGCACAAAGGCACCUUGAAUCAAAUCUUUUGAGUGAAGUAAACAGUGAAAUGUGGUUCGAACGAAUUUUAUUGAGCAUAAAAUUUCCUAGAACUGAAUUUGGUUUAAAGAGCUUUAAAGUCUAGAGCUUAAACCAUUGUUAAUUACCAAUGGUUUAUUAUCUCUGAAGCUGAAGUGAUUGUUAAAAUAUUUCUUCAGUUAAAGUGAUGGAUCCUUUUCCUGAGACAGAAUUUAAUGAAUUUUAACUGCCUACCUCCGGUUCAAAUUUGAAUCACCGCUUUAAAUCCUUCCUGAAUCUUUAAAUCAAAAUCGGUGGUUUUGUUCGAAAAGAAAGAUAAGUAAUUUAAAAAGAACCCAAUAAUUGUUUCAAGAAGCAAAAUAUUUUAGUUAAAAGUAAUUUGU